AUGGCGUCAAAAAUGCUCUCCCCGGCCGCAUUCUUUAACUCACUCCUGGCACUGGUUGCCCUCGAGCAAGAGUCUGAAGUCGCCGAGACAAACCUGUUACUCUCCUCCACGCCUCCAAGCACACUCGCCCGAGCUGGCCUUGCGAUCCUCAACCUGUCUAUCCAGUCACUGAAAACGGGGCUUGGUGGCCGUUCGGUGGUUGAGCUCGGUUUGGAUUCGGCGGUGGUCAGUAAGGAUUCCAAGGGUGAGCUUCCUGAACAUGGUAUCCGGACCGGUGAUAUAGUCUCGCUGGGGGAAAUGCCCAAAGGCUCCGCAAAAAAGAAAGAGGUCAGUGAUUUGAAAAGCAAGGGCGUGGAGGGCGUCGUCACUCGCGUAGGUGAGAGAGCCGUGUGGGUCGCAAUGGGCAAAGAAGGCUCAAAUAGCGACAGUGUUGAGAAUAUUCCCGAUGGAAAAUUGUGGUUGGUCAAACUUGCCAACGAUGUGACGUACAGAAGAAUGAAUCAGACUCUUUCCAAAUUACUUAAGAUGCCCGCAUACAGUAGCCUUCAACGAGUCCUACUAGGGUUAUCGUCACCCGGGUCUGUUGAUAUGGAUAAGACCAAGGGCUUGGAGUUCUUCGACGCAAACCUCAACCCUUCUCAGAAAGACGCCAUUAGGUUUGCCCUAUCGUCUCCCGAUGUAGCUCUCAUUCACGGGCCACCUGGUACUGGGAAGACGUAUACAUUGAUUGAACUGAUACUGCAACUCUUGAAACAAGGCCAGCGUGUCCUAGUAUGCGGUCCGAGCAAUAUCAGUGUUGACAACAUUGUCGAACGUCUGGCUAUCACGUCCCCGAGCACACCCAUAGUGCGAUUGGGACAUCCAGCCCGUCUCUUACCCAGUGUCCUGAAUCAUUCCCUUGAAGUCUUGACCCGUACAAGCGAGGCGGGUGGCAUUGUCAACGACGUACGGAAGGAGAUGGAUGACAAGCAAUCGUCAAUAAGGAAGGCAAAGAGUGGUCGGGAACGUCGUGCAAUAUAUGCGGACCUCAAAGACUUGAGAAAAGAGUACCGUGAACGCGAGGGAAAGUGUAUCGAUGGGCUUGUGCGGAGCAGUAAAGUUGUCCUCUCAACGCUGCACGGCGCAGGAGGCUACCAAGUACGUAAUCAAAAUUUCGAUGUUGUCAUUAUCGAUGAAGCCAGCCAGGCACUGGAGCCACAAUGCUGGAUACCACUCGUCCUUGGAUCUGGAGAGGUCAAGAAACUCAUCCUUGCAGGCGACCAUCUGCAACUACCACCGACUGUCAAAAGCGCGGACAACAAAGAAAACAAGGACCAAAAGAAAGAAAAGAUGAAAAGUCUCGAAGAAGAACUUCGCAAACUAUCAAUCAGAGACGAUGAAGUCAAGGCAGCCAAAGGGUGGUCUUUGGAGCGCACUAUGUUCGACCGCCUAUUGUCUAUGCAUGGUCCCGGCAUCAAACGGCUGCUCAACACUCAGUAUCGAAUGCAUGAGACAAUCAUGCGUUUCCCUAGUGACGAGCUAUAUGACUCGAAGCUUGUGGCAGCAGAAGCCGUCAAGAGCCGGCUGUUGAAGAGCUUGCCAUAUGAGGUGGAAGAGACAGAAGACACCGUGGAACCUCUUGUCUUUAUUGAUACCCAGGGAGGAGAUUUUCCCGAAAAGACAGAGGAGGACCAAGGCGGCCAAGUUAAGAUCUCAGUCCUGCUGGGAGACAGCAAAUGUAACGAGAUGGAAGCUGCAAUCGUUGCGAUGCAUGUACAGAGGUUGGUUGAGGCAGGUGUGAAAGACGAAGAUAUUGCAGUGGUUACACCGUACAACGCCCAACUGGCCGUACUUAGCUCCAUGUUGAAAGAGAAGUACCCGAAUAUCGAGCUUGGCAGCGUGGAUGGAUUCCAAGGACGAGAAAAAGAGGCCGUCAUUGUUUCCCUGGUCAGAAGCAAUGCUGAGAAGGAAGUUGGCUUUCUUGGAGAAAAGAGGAGAUUAAACGUUGCGAUGACUCGACCGAAACGCCAUUUGUGUGUAAUCGGCGACUCAGAAACAGUUUCUAGGGGCAGCUCAUUCCUCAAGCGAUGGAUGAAAUUCCUCGAAGACCAUGCCGACUUGAGGUAUCCUAGCCUGGACGACCUAGGGUCCAGUUGA